GUCGAUCGAAACGCUCACGUUAAAUCCCGUUUUAUAAUCUCUCAAAAUUUUAUAAUCUCUCAAAAAAACAAAGAAAACAAAAAUUAGCUUUACAACUGUUUAUAUUUGAUUUGUUAGAAAGUCGAAGCCCAGCGAAAUUCAUCCAUCACGUCGUAUCAUACCUUAACAAUUAAUCAAUUGUGUAAGUAAGUCGUUGCUAUAGAAACAAUAAAAUAUCAGUACAAGCCCAUUACUCUGAACCUGCUCUAAUAGAAACUGAUCCCGCACCAUCUGACCAAUCGGAUUCGAGAACUAAACUCGCACGCUAAUUCCAGAUACGCCGGUCGGAAAGCUAAAUUCGCCCCCUAGUGUCAGUUGUUGUUCAUUACAGAUUUGCCUCACAUACUACACAGGAUUGAAAAACUGAUGAAGGAAAAAAAAAUAGUUUACAAAGCAGAUAUUCGUCUUAUUUGGAUCGUAAAUUAGAACGUAAGCAUAAAAUUAAAAGUAAUAGUAAACAAUUGACUGGAAGAAAGGAACGGAUUAGUCGUGAGUCCUGGAGUUUUGUGAAGGAGGAGUGACUGAUGGGACGGGACGGGACGAAGCUGUGCGGUGAUCCUGAGGAAAGCAGGAACAGAUUAUACAUGGGGUGUGUGUGGGGGACGUUGAGGUCAGCGUAAGCGAGCCUUACGGUCCGAGCUGGAGGUCUCUGUGUGCUGACAGGCGCACAGGAUUAGAGGCUCUUGCGAAAAAUGAUGCCGUUAGCCUCUUAAAAUAGAGGGAGAGAGAGAGACGGGGACGCUGAAGAAAACAAAAGCACUGCACGCUACGUAGCAGCGGCUCAGAGUGCGACCGGACCUGAGACACAACACAUGCGCAUAUACACACACACACACACACACACACACUCACACACACACUCACACAGAACUGAAGCUGGAGCUGAAAUGGCUGUAACAAGAGCUGAUGAAAUGCCACGGCAGUUCCCUAAGGUCACUCUGAGCGACGUGGACGAGGAGGUGCGCCUGCUAGCUGAGAAGGUCUACGCCUCUGCUCUGAAGGAGGAGGAGAAUAAAGAUGCCAUCUCCAUGUACACCGUGCCCGAAGACUGUCCCAUCGGCCUCCAGCAGGCCAAGGAGAGGGAGCUCCUCAGAGAGCUGGCCGAACAGCACUCCGAGGAGACGGCUAAGAGUCAUCAGAUGGCGCUAAUCAGCACUAAAAUGUCACUGUUAAAAACCCGACGCAUUAAAAUAAGAUGCGUUUCUCAUCGGAUGUACAGGAAGAAGAGUUUGAAGAUCAUUCGAUCUCAGUCCAUGCAAAUCCCUGUUUGUGUGGACUGGGCAAGAGCCACACCAACUCCGCUCGUCUCCCCGUCCACCAUCUGUCCCUCCAUCCCAGACAACUUUCCCGAGUACCAGAGAGUCACCAUCAGUGGCGAUUACUGUGCUGGGAUCACCGUGGAAGACUACGAGCAAGCGGCUAAAAGUCUUCUGAAGGCGCUAUUCAUCCGGGAGAAAUAUUCCAAGCUGGCGUACCACCGUUUCCCUCAGACCACCGCCAGGUUCCUGCGCAGUGCCGAGAACCUGAAGUGGAGAGAGGAAGACGAAGUCCUGCCAGACAUUUGCCCAUGCCCUCAGGAAGGAGAAGACCCUUACAGCAUGGAGAAUAUUCCGGAGAACCUGAACUACGAGCUGAAAAUGAGGGACGGGAUUGUACACGUGUUCGAGAGUGCAACGGCUCUCAAGGAGAACAGACCCCACUGUUUGCCGUACCCUGACCUCGAGACGUUCGCCAUCGACAUGAGCCACGUCCUGGCCAUGAUCGUAGACGGACCCACAAAGACAUACUGUCACAGACGACUGAACUUCCUGAGCUCGAAGUUCUACCUGCAUGAGAUGCUCAAUGAAAUGGCCGAGCUCAAAGAACUCAAAGGAGUCCCACAUCGAGAUUUCUAUAACGUCAGGAAGGUCGAUACUCACAUCCACGCUGCAGCCUGUAUGAACCAGAAACAUCUGCUUAACUUCAUCCAGAGCACGUAUAAGACGGACGCAGAGCGCGUGGUCCUGGAGAAGGCCGGGCAGAGACUGAGCCUCAAACAGGUUUUCAACAACCUCAACAUGGAUCCUUAUGACCUCACUGUGGACUCGCUGGACGUCCAUGCUGGCAGGCAGACGUUUCAUCGUUUCGACAAGUUCAACUCCAAAUAUAAUCCGGUGGGAGCGAGCGAGCUACGUGAAAUCUACCUGAAAACUGACAACUACAUCGAAGGAGAGUACUUUGCUCUGCUGAUAAAGGAAGUCGCUCAUGAUCUGGAGGAGAGUAAAUACCAGCACGCCGAGCCCCGCCUCUCUAUCUACGGGCGCUCGCCGGAGGAGUGGGAAAGCCUUGCUCAUUGGUUUAUUCAGCAUAAAGUCUACUCCCCUAACAUGCGCUGGAUCAUUCAGGUGCCCAGAAUCUAUGAUAUUUUUAUGUCACGGAAGCUGAUUCCCAACUUUGCCAAGAUGCUGGAGAACAUCUUCCUCCCUUUGUUUGAGGCGACGGUGAAUCCUCAGGAGCACAAAGAGCUGCAUGUGUUCCUCAAAUAUGUGACCGGCUUUGACAGCGUGGAUGAUGAGUCCAAGCACAGCGAUCACAUGUUCUCUUACAAGAGCCCCAAACCUGAGCAAUGGACCACGGCUGAGAACCCGCCUUACAGCUACUACCUCUUUCACAUGUACGCCAACAUCAUGGUGCUCAACAACCUGCGCAAGGAGAGAGGUCUGAGUACCUUCCAGUUCCGUCCACACUGCGGCGAGGCCGGCUCCAUCACUCAUUUGGUGUCAGCUUUUCUCACUGCAGAUAAUAUCUCUCAUGGCCUGAACCUCAAGAAGAGCCCCGUCCUGCAGUACCUGUAUUACCUGGCCCAGGUGCCCAUCGCCAUGUCCCCCCUCAGUAACAACAGCCUGUUCUUGGAGUACUCGAAGAACCCGCUGCGAGAGUUCCUGCACAAGGGUCUGUGUGUGUCUCUGUCCACUGAUGACCCCAUGCAGUUCCACUACACCAAGGAAGCGUUAAUGGAGGAGUACGCAAUAGCAGCCCAGCUCUGGAAGCUGAGCACAUGUGAUUUAUGCGAAAUCGCCAGAAACAGCGUGCUGCAGAGCGGCCUCUCUCACCAGGAGAAAAAGUACUUCCUCGGAGCCAACUAUUUGAAGGACGGCCCCGAAGGGAACGACAUCCGGCGCACCAACGUGGCGCAGAUCCGCAUGGCCUACAGACACGAGACGCUGUGUAACGAACUCAGCUUCCUGGUGGAUGUGGUGAAAUCCGAGGCCCUGGGCUCGCAGAUGUAGUCAGAGCAAGACACACACACUGCCAUAAGACUUUAGCCAUACACUCACACUUGCAUGCUGCCUUGUACACAAAACUGCACACAUCAGGUAUUAUUAAAUUGCUGCUGCUCGGUUAGUGGGGGAUUUUAAAAACAAAACAAAAAC